AUGGAGAUGAAGGGUAAUGGUAUGAGGGCAGUUAUGGUGAUGGCUAUGGUGUUGGCCUUGUCCAUGCUUGCAACCACUGUAUCUGCCUCUUUCCCACAAUGUUACGUGAAAUGCUUUGCUUCUUGUGUUGUUACCAAACAGACCCCCGUACCUUGUGCUGUAAGUUGCUUGAAACAGUGCAUUUCAAUUCCUCCAAAUGAUUCUCUUUACCGCUGCAAUUUGGAUUGUGCAUGUUCCAAGUGCUCCAACAUCAGUACUAAGCAAAACCCUGGUGCAGAAGAAGUGGAGGCCUGUGUCAAUACUUGCUCUCAGACAUGCAGCAAGAAGCAUUAG